AAUGCUUUGCUUCCCUUUCUCUCCACAAACCCAACUCCUCAAUCAUUCCCGUUUUUAUUCGAUUCCUCCGCUAUUUAAAGCGAGUAAUUUCUCCGGUACAAUGUGUCCUCUCCGUUCGAGUUUAGUUUUGUUCAAAAAUGGCGACGGUGACUCCGGUGGUGGAUGAUGAGUACUUGAAGGAAAUCGAAAAGGCUCGUCGAGACCUCCGCGGUGUAAUCUAUAGCAAAAACUGUGCUCCUAUCAUGCUUCGUCUCGCGUGGCAUGAUGCUGGAACUUAUGAUGCUAAAACAAAGACAGGAGGCCCCAAUGGGUCAAUAAGAAAUGAGGAUGAGUUAAACCACAGCUCAAAUAAUGGCCUCAAAAUUGCUGUUGUCAUGUGUGAAGAAGUGAAGGCCAGGCAUAAAAAAAUUACGUAUGCUGAUCUAUAUCAGCUUGCUGGGGUUGUUGCAGUUGAGGUCACUGGAGGGCCUAUUAUUGACUUUGUUCCAGGCAGAAAGGAUUCAUUGAAAUCUCCAGCAGAAGGGCGCCUUCCUGAUGCCAAACUAGGAGUAAAACAUCUAAAGGACAUCUUUUACCGGAUGGGUCUAUCUGACAAGGACAUUGUUGCACUUUCUGGUGGCCACACAUUGGGAAGGGCACAUCUUGAUAGAUCAGGUUUUGAAGGGCCUUGGACGAAGGAGCCUUUGAAGUUUGAUAAUUCAUACUUUGUGGAGCUUUUGAAGGGGGAAUCAGUAGGGUUACUAAAACUGCCAACAGACAAGGCGUUAAUGGAGGAUCCUAUGUUUUGCCGCUAUGUUGAGCUGUACGCAAAGGAUGAGGAUGCUUUCUUCAGAGAUUACGCUGCCUCACACAAGAAACUCUCUGAGCUUGGUUUCACUACACCUCCUAAGGAAGCUGCAAAGAGCACUGGAAUAUUGGCACAGAGUGCUGUGGGUGUUGCUGUUGCCGCGGCUGUGAUGAUCUUGGGUUACUUCUAUGAAGUCAACCGAAGAGUGAAAGCCUGAAGGGACUGGCAUAGUUUAAAACAUUUAUCUUUAUUUCAAAUUGAAAAUUGAAAUUAUGGGAACUCCAACUUUCCAUCCCCUUAUUGGAGAAUAAAAAUUUAGUUGUUUG